AACUAGAAUUCAGCCAAUGGUUCUCGAUGAGUACGCUUGCGAACUGAUAAUAGCGAACAGUCUGCUGUUUUGCAUAACAAACAAAAGCUAAUAUCACGCUAGAUUUUUCGCUUUCAAACUCUGAAAAUAUGUUGUAUUUUAUUGGUUUAGGGUUAGGAGAUCCGAAAGAUAUUACAGUCAAAGGAUUAGAAAUUGUGAAAAAAGCUAAACGUGUCUAUUUAGAAUCGUAUACAUCAAUUUUAACUGUCGGAAAGGAGAAAUUGGAAGAAUUUUAUGGAAGAGAAGUUAUUGUGGCAGAUAGAGAGAUGGUUGAACAAGACUCAGAUUCCAUUCUUCAGGGUGGAAGAGAAGAAGAUAUUGCUUUUCUUGUAGUUGGAGAUCCAUUUGGUGCAACAACACACACAGAUAUGAUUUUAAGAGCCUACCAAAAGAGCAUUCCUUACAAAGUUGUACAUAAUGCUUCCAUAAUGAAUGCAGUUGGAUGUUGUGGCUUACAAUUAUACAGAUUUGGUGAAACUGUCUCUAUUGUAUUUUGGACAGAAGAAUGGAAACCAGACAGUUUCUAUGAUAAAAUAAGUAUAAAUAGGAAUAAUGGUCUCCAUACAUUAUGUUUAUUGGAUAUAAAAGUAAAAGAACAGUCUAUAGAAAAUUUAAUUAAAGGGAAAAAAAUUUAUGAACCUCCAAGAUUUAUGACAGUGUCUUGUGCUGCACAGCAGUUGUUGGAAAUAAUUGAAAAGAAACAGUCUCAAGGAGAUGAAAGAUUAGCUUAUACUGCAGACACUAUUUGUGUUGGCCUGAGAAAAGUUGGAUCAGAUGAUCAGAAGAUCAUUGCUGCUCCACUGCGAAGGAUGGCUACUAUAGACUUAGGAGAACCAUUGCAUUCUCUAAUAAUUUGUGGUGAUCUUCAUCCUGUUGAAAAAGAAAUGCUAGAAAUGUUUGUGGAAGAAAAAGGUUGUUUGGAUGUUUGUGUUCCUGUAGAAUCAACUGUAUAGACUAAUGAAAAUCUGUCAUAAAAAAAUCUUUUUUAACUCUAAUGUACAAUUAUGUAUAAUAAAGAUUUUAUAAUAAAAUGGAAUUAUUGUAGA